UUAUGCCUAGAUCCGAACUCAAAAUAUAAAUCAGCUGAGUGUUUAAAAUUAAAUAAAAGGAAAAUAAUAAAUAAUUUAUUUGCUGAUAAAUAGUAGGCUGGAGCUCAUGACGCCAUCGAUAUAAUACUACAAACGGUUUGAAGGUUGCUCGCCAUCGCUUACGUCUUUACGUCGUCGUUGGCAGUGAACGGAACGAAGUGUCGUCGUAUAGAUCGCUCGCUGGCUGGCUGGCUGAAAAUAGUGAACCAAAGUAUGAGUUUUCGAAAUAUGUUCGAAUAAAAAGUGUGUAGUGAGUGACUGUCAUCCAGCAAGAUGGUUGAUGACGUGAAAGAUAUUACCGAAACCGCUGAAAGUAAAGCGUCUCAAGAAGCCCUAGACCGAGCACGACUAGCCCGCGAGAGGCGCGAGGCAGAACAGAGGAAACGUCUGGACGAGUUACGCGCACACGCCGCCGCUGCGCAAGCGCAGAGGGAGAAGAGAGACGAAGAUAGACGUCGGAGACAGGCGGAGCAGCGCGCUAAGGAUGAUGAGAGGCGAAUACAGGUAAAUCAUACGGCAGUUGAAGAACGCAAGCGCGCGAUAUGGGAGGCAUCAAUAUCGCGCCGCGAGGCGUUGCUGCAACGGGAACGCGAUCGGACGGAGCGGUUGGAGCGACAGCGGGCCGCUCGCUCCGCUCCCCGGCCGGCGUUCGCUUUCGGCUCGUCCACACCUCGGCUAUUGGAGCCGGUAGACUCGGCUGGUUUCUUCUGGGCCGCGCGCAGUACCAACCCCAUAGAUCAGAUGAACUUUUUUGAAUCACUGGCGGCAUCAACAACAAAUGUGAUGUUUGCGUCUGCGCCGCUCACGAGACGCGCUUCCGCGUUGCAGCUGGAUACCUCAGACACUGAUAAUAAAGCCGGAGCUGUGAUGUUCAUGAGUUUCUACGAACCCGAGCGCACAGCCCCGGUGGUGUGGUCGUCCGUGGCCCGGCGGCGCACGGACCUGGUGCCCACAGUGCCGGCCCCGCGCGCGCCAGGUAGGGCCUACUCCAUGACGCGGCUGGACCGCCUGCCCGCCGCGCGCCCGCUGCACUCCGCCUCGCCGUCCAUGCAUCACCUCAACAGGGCCCAGCCGCGGUCGGGCGACACGACGCCGGGCUCGCGGCCAGGCAGCGCGCUAUCGGGCGCCGUGCCGCGACGCAACGUCGCCGCUCCGCGCAAGCCGAGACCCGCCUCCAUUGCUGGUACCGGCGUUAAUACGCCUAGAGCUGAUGGUAUGUGCUUAGGAGGUGGUGACACGUUGGCGCAGAGCGCGGCGACGACGCCCAGCGUGUCGCGUGACGGCACGUCACUGGCGGGCGGCGACACCGUGCCGCGCCGCGCCCACACCACGCCGCGCCGCCCGCGCCCCGCGUCCCUGCAUGCCAGUGCUAAGCCCGCAGUGCCGCCAGUCGCGCCGGGCGAGGGCAAGCCGCCUGUACACAGAAAGCCAAAGCCAUCCAAAGAUCACGAUAAGGCGGGUCGCGGCAAGUCGGUGUCGGCGUCGCCGGGCCGCACGCUGUCGCCGUCGCCCAACGUCUCCAAAGAGCCCAGCGUCGACAAGGACGUUGCGAAGCCGGCGGGUGUGGCAGGCGAGGUGGACGCGGCGGAGGUGACGCACAAGCUGCAGGCGCUGCAGGUGCACGACACGCACACUAGCGAGAAGGAAAACGAAAUCAAAGAAACAACAACCGUAGUAGAAGUUAAGCAGGAAACGAAAAUCGAGCAACAAGUUACAGAAGAUACGAAACCCGAGGCUCUAGCGAGCGACAGGCCCGAACACAAAGACAAGAGGGACGACAAGGACGAGAAGAAGGAACCCUCCGUCGAAAAGACUGAAGAUAAUGAGAUGACUGCGUCGAUGUCUCGUCGCAUCACGACGGAGGAGCAGGCGAAGGCGGCGCUGGCCGAGCGACGCCGCCGCGCGCGCGAGGAGCUCGAGCGACAGGCUGAGCUCGAGAGGCAGCGACUACAGCGUGAAGCCGAGGAGGAGGCGGAGCGGCAACGACAGGAGGAGGAGCGGCAGCGGCGCGAGGAGGAGGAGGCGCGGGAGCUGGCGCGGCUGCAGAGACAGAUGGACGAGGAGAAGCUCAGGAAGGCUAUCGAGGCUCAACAACAACUCGAACGCGAAGAAGCGGAACGCAAAGCCCGCGAAGAAGCAGAGAAGCAAGCGCGACUCAAAGAAGAAGAGGAGAAGAGGAAGGCCGCUGAAGAGGCGGAGAAGUUGCGCCGCGAGGAGGCCGAGCGGGAGGAGAAGGAGAGGCUCGCCAGGAAGCAGAGAGUCGAGGCUAUCAUGGCCAGGACUAGGCUUAGGAAGCAAGCAGAAGAAGACAAGAACAAGCAAGCCGCCGCGCCUGCACCUACAGAAACAUCCGAACCUGCUGCACCCACAGCCGCCACAGAACCCGCGCCUGCAGCACCCGCGCCCGUAGCACCUGCACCUGCAGAACCGGCCCCUGUAGCACCUGCGCCUGUAGAGGCCGCAGUACCCGCGCCCGUGGCACCUGCGUCAGUAGAAGCCCCCGCGGCCGCGGCACCUGUGCCUGAUAAUGGCAAUGUGAAUUCAACGGCUGAUUUGCUCGGAUUAGACUUCUCGCAGCCGCAACAGCCAGCACCCGUGGAAGUCACGAACUCGACGGAGAGUGCACACAGCACCAACAACGGCAACGUCACUGCCGACCUACUGGGGCUGUCCGAACAACGACCCACUGAGGACAAACCCGCAGAGCAGACGACGAACAAACUCCCAAACAACGACAACGCCAUCACCAACACGCCAAGCGAGGCCAACAACGGCAACAUCACCAACAUUGGCCACAUAUCCGCCAACUUCAUACAAACCGAACGUUUGUCCAACGAGAACCAAAAGUUGGCCGAUGUACCGAAGCUUCUAGAAGAUGAUUUCACCACGCACAACGGUCACGGCGCCGCCCACAGCCACCCGCUGACGCUGCAGAAUGCGAUCUAACUGUAUGUAAGUAAGGUUUGCUAUUGAAUGCAGUCGCGUUUUCAUUGCGUAUAUAUUGGCUGACGGUCGUCAGGUUGUGAUUAUGGCAAGCUAUUAGUCGUAUGACGGGUUUUUUACUGGAUUUGGAAUUUGUUUGAACACCUUUACUUGAUACGAGGAUAUUUAAUACCAGAACUCUUAAUAUAAAUGUGGUGGUUCAAACAUUAAAUACACGGAUUAGACUCAAAUUAUAGAGGGCAGCACUUACGACUGUUCCUUUCACGACACCAAAAUAAGAAAAUAAUUGAAAAAUUGUGUGACACACAAUUUUUCAAUUAUUUUGUGCUUUCCAAUGAAAUUAUGUUCACACAUUAUUUAUUAUAAAAAAUAUCAAAAGUUUCUGUUAUUCAUCGUUGGUGCUAGUUAAUGUUUUUAGAUAGACUUGUAAUAGUAACAAAUUGUUCAGCUCGGGAAAAAUCUAGUCUGAAAACCAACUCAGUCUAGACACUUCCUAUAAAUAGGUCACCAUUCUACCUUAGCAUUAAAAUUGUAUUUUGUAUAUAAACCCAUUUUUUUCAUAGAUAAUAUAAUCUAUAGAGGAACGGGUUUCUGUAUGAAAUAUAAUUGUUAGUCAUCAUAGUCAAAAUGUUAUUUAUUUAAAAACGUGAAUAACAAAAUUACAGAAUACUUCAAAAUUUUCAAAAUCUUCUAUCUUCAAUCUUUACUUCUACGUCACAAAUGUGAGCAGACUUGUAGGUAGGAUAACAAUCUAUUGUAAAAUGGGGGCGAUCUCUUACAAAGCCAAUAUGUAUGCGUGAAAACAGGGUAUGUGUCUGUCACUCUAAUCCAGUGUAAAAACUCUUUAAAACAAUAUGUAAUCCAAAAAUAUCGAAAUCACGCUUCCCUGUUCUAUAUUUAGGCAAAAAUGUUGCUUAGGAACAAUUUAAAGAGAAAAUUGGCGAAAAUAGAAUUUUGACUAGACAAUUGUUUGGUCCGUAUAUCUUAUGCAUAUAUAAAAUCCGUCACAUUUUUAUGUAGUGACCGUAUCUUAGCCUAACGCGGGGGUAGUUUAGGUAACGCAAUAAUCAUUUAAUUAAAAAAAUACAGGCGUAUACUAUACUAAAACAAGAAAUUAUUUAAAAUCAUGUAGCUUAUUAAAACCGCAAAAAUCUUAUGUUGUUCCUAAGCAAAUGUUAACUUAUUCACAAUAACAGAUAUAAAAUAACAAUACUAUCAAAUUUAUUCUCAGAGUGACGGAACAACGGGAAGGCACUAAAUUAUUAUAAAAAAUAAAUAUUAUAUAAUAUAAUUAAUGCAUUUAUUGUAAAUUAUCGCAAGUGAUUAUACUUGGUUUUACUAACAAACCGUUAUAUUGGAAAUAGUAAGCUUAUUUUGUGAACAGUUUUGAUGGCAGUCCGGUGAAAGCGAAGCGAAAGAUAUUUAUAGCAUUUUCACAGACUAUGAACUGCUCUUUAGAAUAUCAGUAAGCAAUAUUGUGUUUCUAGUAGCAUAAUUAUGAGAUUUAUAACGUAUAUAGUCGCUUCGCUUACAGUAUAAUCUUGGCUUUAAACCUGGAAGCCGAUGGCCAUCAAAUUGCAAUAUAAAAUAAUUAUCAUCAGUUACUUAAAAAGAUAUCAUGAUAUGUCAUAAGCUAGUAAAAAACAUCUUCUGACUUCAUGUAAAGUAAUUGAUGGCAAAAAUUCACCUAACAUGAUUCGAUAACCAAUAUAGAAUUAAGAUAUAAAUAUGAACAUUUAUUUAUUCAAACAAUGACAAUGUAUUUAGAUGCCAGGCCGCUAGAAAUUAUUUAAAACAUCUUAUGAGUAACCUCUUUAGCCCAUUUCCACUCUGCGUGACAUUCCUAAUGUCACUGUCAAAAUAUAAACGUCAUUGUCAAAUUGAUAUCUCAAGAUGACAUUUGAUUUCAUAAGAUCGAUCUCAAAAUGUAAGAGUGGUUUAAAAAUGGGUGGUAAAUGAUCCUAUAUUUUGUAAUAUAGAGCCUAUCAAAUAAGCAUAAUACCUACUUAUCCAAAAAAAAGUUUUACGCCAUUGAACCAAUAAUUUGAUGGUUCGUAAAGCUUAUUUUCCUUUAGUAAAUGUUGUUCGAUAUUCAAAAUUCCGUCUCAUAAGGAUUGGUGUUGUGUGAUACGUUCUAUAUAAGUUUUAUUUUUAAUUGUAUUAUAAUUUUUGAAUACGCGUAUUUUGAUCAUUAGUGUGAAUAGAGUUAAUUGUGAACCUUUUAUUAAUCAGAAAAUAAUGAAAUAACACCUUUUAGAUUUUUAUUGAGAUUAGAAAUAUGGGAUGGAAGUAUACCUUAAAGUAAUAACAACUUUACUAAAACGAUAUCAUAAUAGUCAAGUAGUAAAAUGCUAAUAUAUUUUUUAUUAUUCGACAAAAAUUGCUAGUAAAAUCUUGCCGAUUUGAGCAUUUGCGUGAACACAUAUUCACAUAAUUGGCCAAUUUUUUAUGGUCGAAUAUACCUUUUAAUCAUCUUAUCAGGCAUUUACUUUAACACCAUUAAGACCUGGUUUGCAAAAAAAUACACUAGAAAAAUUACCAAGGCAUUUGCAAAAAUGCCGUAUUUGCAAAUAGAACAGCAAAAUACAAGAAUUCUAACAUUUUUUGUUAUGAAAUUCAUAUCGAUGUGUUUAUCCGUAUUCAGUAAUGAAAUAAAGGGUUUAAGAAUGAAAAUGAACUGAUAUUUUGUGUAACAAACAUAAUAAAUGAAAUUCAAAUAUCUAAGAAUUAGUCUUGCCCAGUUAAAUAUUGUAAAACGCACAGGAUUAUUGCUGAAUACGGAUAAAAUGACGUUAGAUAACCCUAAAAGCGACGUUUCUUUAUCGAAAAUUGUUCAUAGAAAACAAAUCAAAUGAACAGAUAGAUGUUUGGGGGUUGAUAAUGAAGUUAUGCUUAAUAAAGUUACAAUAAUGUAAUUUAAGUUAUUUAACAAGUUAUGUAUACAAAUUUUUGUAUGAUAAGUAGAUAGCAUUCAAUGUUAUUCAGCUUCUUUUUUAUAGGAUGUUAAAGAAAACUAGUUAUUUGAAGCCGUUUCGGUUCGUAAAUAAACAAGGUUAAAAUGGGUUGCAUUAAUAUAAUUUUCAACUGAACUAAGAUUCUAACCGUUUUCUAGUUAUUGUGUAAAUUAAUUACUAAGCCGUAAGUUGUAGUUACGUUUUCAUAUAAGUCUCUUUUUUAUUAUUGUGUUAAGAUUUUAAAAUUAUUAGCGUUUCACUUAUCAUUGCCUGUUUAGAAAUGGUUUUCUAUGAAAAUGUAACUAAAACUUCGUGGCUUGGGGAAGUAUGUUUCCCCUAACUGUAUAUUAUUCCAUAAUAUUUUCUUUCACAUAAUAAUAAUAGUAGUUUUUCCAAUUCCCUUCUGUUGUGUGUUGAAUUUAUUGUUGCGUGUGUUUUGAAGUUUGUCCAAUCGUUUUGAAAGGCGAGAAAUUGCAAUAAAAACUAUAGAAUGUAAUUUGUGUGUGGAAGUAAGAAAAGGAUGGUAUAUUCAACAUACGACAGACAAACAAUCACGACAACUAUUAUAAACUACUUUUUUCAAAAGAUACUUAUAACAAUUGUCGUGAAUGUCAUUUAACAAAUUUAUUAUACGAUUUUUGCUUGUAGGUAACAUUUGUACGAUUUGUGUUUUUAUUUUGCUUAUCCAUCCACUCUUAAUCGUUCAAAUUAUAUGAAAAUCAUGUAGAUGUCUCACGGCCUUAAUUAUUAUACAAAUAUGUAUGAAAUUGAGGUCAGGAAAAGUGACCCACCCGAACUAAUAUUUUAGUAGAGUGAACUACUAUAUUGGCUCCUAUAUUCAGACAAUACUUUAGUGGAAUGUCCUAUCUACAAUAUUUUUGGAUGGGUCACUUUUUCUGGCCUAAAGUGUACUUGGGUCGACAUCUUUACAUUGUAGGAUCCCACUAAAUAAUUCGACUGAAAUGUGAGAUUUGUUAUCAAUUUGUUGUUGUCAAUGAAAUUGAAAUUUUAGAAAGUACUCACCGUAAGAAAACGUCGGAUUGUUUAGUAAGAUUUUAUGUGUUAUAGAGAUGUCUUGUCAAGUAUUUAUCGGUGUAUAAUUGUAAUGUUUUAUUACAUGAACUCGUGUGACAGGUCGCCCACCCCAGUCGAUCAUGUUCCACAGUCUGAUUGUUAUAAUAUUAAGUUUAAAUGAGUUGACGAACGCCGCUAGUUGCGUUGAACCAAUAACUUCCAAAACGCGACUAAAAUACCAAAAUAAGCUAGUCUAAAAAUGUUAUGUAAUUAUUGAAGAGAAAUCGUGCUAUUUAAAUUAUUUUCCAAUUCUGAUGUACUAAAUUGUUGAACUGUGUAGCUUUAGCUAUAGUGAAUAUGGCGGCCUGUCACACUCGCCCGCGCGUGUGUGCGUGAGUGUGUGUGUGUGAGUGAGCAGUCCAUUCGGUACGUUGUAGUCGUCGCGGAAUAAUGUAAUUGAUAUCAUACAUAGAUGGACAUGGCUUCAACGCGUUAUAUAACUACUGUAUUACGUUUAUAAACAUCAUGGAUUUAUUAAAUGAAACAAUUUUAAUACGAAAAAUAAAUACAAAGAAGUUAA